UCAGAUGUGGUCAGGCUGUGAUCCCAGGGACGUGCGCUUCAACUACCAAACUUUGCCGCGCUUUGGGGAGCAAGGGCCGCCCGCCAUUGCUGCUCCCGACAUGUUCAACAUGCAGCCAAUGUACAUGAACAGUACUGCGGGAUACUACAACCACGGACAGCAGGUACCGUAUUGGUGGCCUGUGCAAAACUUUGUCCCGCCAGCAUCCGUCAGUUUUGCUGCGGCACCUCCACAAAUGAUUGGAGGCACAACAAUGAUGAUGCCUGGGGCGCCAAGUAUGGGUCCUGGUGUGUUCAUGAGAGAUGCUGACGACGAGGUGGAGCAGCAAUACAUAAAGAAGCCGCCCAACGCCUUUAUGGUUUUUGCAAGGAAGCAUCGCAAAGCCCUGAUGGGAAAACUGGACAAAAAAGACAGCGCGUCUGUCAACGUCAUCCUGGGAGAAAUGUGGAAUUCUCUACCACAGCAGGACCAAGCGAAAUAUUACGAGGAAGCCGAUGUGGAGAGGAGACGACAUGCACAGUUGUACCCCAACUGGUCAAUGUGUGACAACUAUGGCAAAAAGAGGAAGAGGAUGCGAGGAAAUGCUUCUGCCUCAGUUUCAGAUCUUGAAGCUCCUCAGCCCACAAGGAUGUGUAUGGCUCCCGUCCAGACCGGCUUGAUGGGUCCUGAACGAUACUCGACACAGGCCGAGUCCCAGUCUGUCAGCAACCUUGCGGGUUUGCAGCAGCCUAAAGCUAGCCUCUCUACCUUUAUGCACAACUUCCUCCCACCCGCUGCUCCCGCUUCAUCUGGGAUGGAAAUUUCCCAGCUUCUGAGCGGCGUCAAUUACCUGCCGGCUCCCCACGAUAAACUUCAGAGGCCACCGGCGGUCAACUCGUCCGAGCCUUGCUUGGAGGAAGAGCUCCACGUAAUCCUGGAUAGAUUCGAAGAAGAAUCCUCCACCACACAGACAGAGGAGUCGGUGGCGGAUCUGAUUUUGGAGGAGGAUCUUCAUAGUCUGCUGGAACGAUUCCAGAAGCCUUCGACCGCACAGUUCGGCACGGACAGGCUCCACUGCGUCUUUGAGGGCUUAGGGAUCACCACCACUGACACGGGUCAAUGUUGAGUUGCCGGGCCGAAUAGCGGAAGAGCCACUGAGCACAAGAAGUCAUCCUGGAGCAUUUAGAGUCCAACAGAUGUUUUAAUUGUUUCUGAAAUUCUCAGCGUUUACAACAAUUUAUUUUUUAUGCACCUGGACAAUAAUAUAUGAGCCUGAGCACUUUAUUUACGAUGGGAUCGCUUUCUUUUGGGAACGCACACAGUGGUCCUGCUGGACUAUCUGAACUUCAAGCCUGUGCAGAGCAGUUCUGUUUGUUUUUUUGUAACAUUCCCUUAUUAACUUUUAUAAUAUCAUCUCGGUCUACUCAGACUUCUAUUGGACCACUUAGACUGGAAUCACAGCAUCGUUCCAUUUGUUCUGACACCAGUCCAGAUAUUUAUUGUAAACAAAAAAACAUCGUAUCGCAUACCCUUACCUGGUUGUUUUUAUAUUUAUAGUAUUCUAAUUAUUACUUUUCCUUUUGUUUCGUCCCACAUUUUUCAUCCAAUUGAAAUCAUUCCAUUUCCCACAUCGCAUUUGAACUAAUUGUAUACCUCAGGGUCAACUUUUAUGACUUUGAUGCAUUUUAACUGUUAGCAUGCUAGCUUUUCGAACUGAGUUUGCUGACCCCAGUCAUACAUUUUGGUACUUCACUAUAACUGUUGUUAUCAUUUUAACAAUUAUAACUUUUAAUUUCAGCUUCUUUUCCCAGGUAUACACUGAAUAAUAUUUCACGCUAUACGUACAUGCUAGCAUGCAAAUGUUAGAAUGCUAGCGUAUAAGUAGCUAAACCUAGCUUUCCUAGUUUAUUUUGCAGUUACACACUUAAAAGUUGGAUAUUUUGUUAUUUGAUGCUAUAUGGCUAGCAUGCUAACUGUUAGCGUGUCCCACUUUUAUCCACCAUUCUUCAAAACA